CGGUCGCCAUCUUGUCGUUUAGCCGCGCGGCAGAGUGAGUGAGAGAGUCCAGUGGCCGUGUUAGCAAUAACCGACCAAACUCUUUCUCUUUUAAUUCUUAACCAUUCUAUUACAAGAUGUCGAAACGACAUCGCUUGGAUUUAGGCGACGAUUAUUCGUCGAGCAAAAGGAGAUCAUCUGAAGGUAAAGACCGUGACAGAGACCGGGAUGAGCGGCCAAAGGAUCGUGACCGCGACCGUGACAGAGAUCGUGAUAGGGACAGAGAGAGAGACAGCAAGAGCUCGAGUGCAGCCCUCAGCUCCAGUGUGCCCAGCGGUGUCGGGAUGAUCCCACUUAAGCAGACAGCCAUGCAUCAGCAGAUCAACCCCUUCACCAAUCUCCCUCACACCCCACGCUACUAUGAGAUCCUCAAGAAGAGGCUGCAGUUGCCCGUUUGGGAAUACAAAGAACGGUUUAAUGAUAUCCUCAAUCGUCAUCAGAGCUUUGUGCUGGUUGGAGAGACAGGCUCUGGAAAGACCACACAGAUUCCUCAGUGGUGUGUAGACAUGGUGAGGGCUCUCCCUGGCCCUAAGCGUGGAGUUGCUUGUACACAGCCACGUAGGGUGGCAGCCAUGAGUGUGGCACAGAGAGUCGCAGAUGAAAUGGAUGUCAUGCUUGGACAGGAAGUUGGAUACUCUAUCAGAUUCGAGGACUGUAGCUCUGCAAAGACCAUUCUGAAAUACAUGACAGAUGGUAUGUUACUCCGUGAGGCUAUGAACGACCCCUUGCUCGAGCGUUAUGGUGUCAUUAUUCUCGAUGAGGCUCACGAGCGCACGCUAGCAACAGACAUUCUGAUGGGCGUCCUCAAAGAGGUGGUGCGUCAGAGGACAGACCUUAAGGUCAUCGUGAUGAGCGCCACCCUGGAUGCUGGAAAGUUUCAAGUUUAUUUCGACAACUGCCCCCUGCUCACUAUUCCUGGCCGGACACAUCCUGUAGAGAUCUUCUACACACCCGAGCCGGAGAGAGACUACCUGGAGGCCGCGAUUCGCACAGUCAUCCAGAUCCACAUGUGUGAGGAAGAUGAGGGAGAUGUACUGCUCUUCCUUACUGGACAGGAGGAAAUCGACGAAGCUUGCAAGCGGAUCAAACGUGAAAUCGAUGACCUGGGCCCAGAUGUUGGAGACAUCAAAAUCAUCCCUCUGUACUCCACACUGCCACCACAGCAACAGCAGAGGAUCUUUGAGCCGCCUCCACCACGCAAACCGAGCGGAGCCAUUGGCAGGAAGGUUGUGGUUUCAACAAACAUCGCCGAGACGUCCCUGACCAUCGACGGGGUUGUGUUUGUAAUUGAUCCUGGCUUUGCCAAGCAAAAGGUGUAUAACCCUCGCAUUCGUGUCGAGUCGCUUCUCGUAACGGCUAUUAGUAAAGCUUCAGCCCAGCAAAGAGCAGGCCGUGCCGGGCGUACGCGCCCGGGCAAGUGCUUCCGACUGUACACUGAGAAGGCCUACAAGACUGAGAUGCAGGACAACACAUACCCUGAGAUUCUCAGGUCCAAUUUGGGUUCUGUGGUGUUACAGCUCAAAAAGCUGGGUAUUGAUGAUCUGGUGCACUUUGACUUCAUGGACCCCCCAGCUCCUGAGACGCUGAUGCGAGCCCUGGAGCUGUUGAACUACCUAGCGGCGCUGAAUGACGACGGUGACCUGACGGAGCUGGGCUCCAUGAUGGCUGAGUUCCCGCUUGACCCCCAGCUGGCCAAGAUGGUUAUCGCCAGCUGUGAGUUCAACUGCUCCAAUGAGAUCCUCUCCAUCACUGCAAUGUUAUCAGUCCCACAGUGCUUUGUGCGACCCACCGAAGCUAAGAAGGCAGCCGACGAGUCCAAAAUGAGGUUCGCCCAUAUUGACGGAGACCACCUGACCUUGCUCAACGUCUACCACGCCUUUAAACAGAACCACGAGUCUGUGCAGUGGUGCUAUGAUAACUUCGUUAACUACCGCUCAUUGAUGUCGGCUGAUAACGUGCGGCAGCAGCUCUCCCGCAUCAUGGAUCGCUUUAACCUCCCACGACGCAGCACAGAGUUUACCAGCCGAGACUACUACAUCAACAUCCGUCGUGCUCUGGUCACCGGCUUCUUCAUGCAGGUUGCUCACCUGGAGCGUACGGGACACUAUCUAACGGUGAAGGACAACCAGGUGGUCCAGUUGCACCCUUCCACAGUACUGGACCAUAAGCCCGAGUGGGUUCUCUACAACGAGUUCGUGCUGACCACCAAGAACUACAUCCGCACCUGCACUGAUAUAAAACCCGAAUGGCUGGUGAAAAUUGCUCCACAGUACUAUGAAAUGGGCAACUUUCCUCAGUGUGAAGCUAAGAGGCAAUUGGAGCGCAUCGUCGCUAAACUUCAAACCAAGGAAUACUCGCAGUACUGAUUCUGCCCAGUGGUAUAAGGACAAUAUACGUUUUGAAUUCAGUAUGUGCUGUGCAGUGCUGCUUUGAGCUCUGAAGUUGUACAUUGUCACAUGUCAUUCAUCUUUAGGUUUCUGUUCUCUUUUUUCUGUUUCGAUUUGUCGAUAUCGUCUUUAAGAUAUUAUUUUUUUAUCAAUUCUUUUGCUCCCAUCCACUCCAUGCGUCUCUGGACCCGAUAAUGGUGUAUUAUUAAAUUGUCACUAGGCACUAAGGAUUGACUGGGAGCAAAUGCUUACAGGGAAACCACCAUCAGCUGGUUUGCAUGAAGAUUCAUGUAGAUGUUGACAUUCCUUAUUGACAUUGAGAACUUGCUAUGUUAUUGAGUAGAGCAGUUCCUGUUCUUUCUGUAUAGGAGCUUUUACUUCAAUAAAGAAAAAUAACUUGAUUUCAAUAAUGAAA